CGUCAUGUCGUCGUUCGGAUCGUCUGUUUAUUUAUAUGUGAUUGAUUGAUUAAUGUGCACGGGACUUGGAGUCUUUUUGACACGUUUUUCAACUUCAGCACGCUUUUUUAAUUCUAAAAAGUAUUAAGUUAUUUUUAUUAUUUGAAUAGUAAUAAUAUAAUAUAUUAAAAGGAAUAAUAUUGCCAUUUUCAAUGUAAACGAAGUUAAUGAGAUUCGAGCAACUAAUGUAAGCCUAACAGCGGGAGAUUUUGAAGACGAAAAUUGGAAAAGAUACUAACUCCGCUUGAGACUGUAGCGACCUCUAGUAGUGUCAGCUCCCGAAAAGGCUCAAUUCAAGCUCUGAAUGAGACGUUUGAGACCUUAUCAGAGCUGAAGAGCAUAACUAUGGGAACAAAAAAAGGUCAAAGGAACCGUAUCUCUAUGAGCGAACCUUCGUCAGAUAUGGUCCCUCAAAUCUGGUUGUGUGAGAUCGCCAGUUGCAUUGAUCCACAAAGACUGUCACAUUUAACUAUUUAGCCUAAGUGACUGUGCCGGCUUUAAGUAGCCCUCUUGACUGUUUGUGGCGUACUUGAUGUUAUAUAGUUUUAGGGGGUGCGGGGUCUUGUCCCCCACCCGGUCACUGAGGUGCUCAUUGUUGCUCGCAAUAAAGUGCAUGACUACGUGUGGAGCCUUGAUGGUGUGGAACGUGUAGAAUAGGCAGUAUACUGUUACGUGUUAAAAUCUGACCUUUGGAGGCGAAUGUCUCGCAGAAGGUCAUAUGUACAAGGUUUGAAAUAUCACAAAACAGUGAAAAAAGAAAAUAAACAAUGUGGCACCAUGUAUCAUUCUGCAUGUGGAGGCAUUUAAAUUCUCAUUCACGACUGAUUAAAGCUAAACAAAUUUUUUGUAUAAAUCAAAGUAUAAAUAGAUCAUUUGGUAUUACUUUCUGUAAAAAUUCAGCUAUUAAGGUAUCAUGUUCUUCUUUACAUACAACAAAAGCUCAUGGUGCACCAAUAAUGCCUAUAAUUAUGAUGAUGAUAAAACCUAUUUCAAAGUUUAUAGCUAUCAUUACUGGAAGAGGUGCUAGAAAAUGGUGGAAGAGCUUACCUCCACAUAAAAAGAAGUAUUUUUUAGAAUCAGCUAAAAGAAAUAAAUACAAAAUAGCAGGUUUCACAUUGUUUACAUCAGGAAUGUCAGCAAUAUAUUAUUAUAGUCAUAUUCAAGAAACACCGUUUACAAAAAGGAAGCGUUUUAUAGCAUUAACUCCAGAACAGUUUGAACAGAUUGCUGAUUUUCAAUUUAAAAUGCAAUUAGAAUUAAAUAAAUCAAACCUGUUGUCUGCUCAACAUCCUGCUUGCAAAAGAGUUGCAAAUGUUGCUAAUCAGUUGCUGGACAAAAACCAAGAGGUUGAACUUAUUCAUAAUAAAAAAUGGACAAUAGCUGUGAUUGACAGUAAUAUUCAAAAUGCAUUUGUAUUACCAAAUGGUCAGAUAUUUGUUUUCACUGGAAUGUUAAAUCUAUGUGAGAAUAAUGAUCAGUUAGGUGUGAUCUUAGGUCAUGAAAUGGCUCAUUGUAUCUUGGGACAUGCAGCAGAAGCUUUAAGUUUUACUCAUUUUGUCGACAUUGCUUUGAUUACUGUUUUAGCAGCAAUUUGGAUGAUUAUACCUAGCGAUGGCAUAGCACUUAUAACACAAUGGUUUUUUAAUAAAGUUGUUGAUAUUAUAAUUCAUCUCCCAUACAAUAGAAAGCUUGAAAUAGAAGCAGAUGAAGUUGGUUUGAUAUUGGCUGCAAAGGCUUGUUUUGAUGUUCGAGAAAGUAGUGCUUUUUGGAGUAAAAUGUCUAUUUUAAAUGAAUCUGAUGACGGUCCAGAUAUUGAAUGGUUAUCAACACAUCCGAGCAAUGAGAAACGUUCUAAUUAUCUCGACAAAAUGAUGGAUGGGGCUAUAGAGAUAAGAAAAACAUCCGGUUGUCCACUUCUAACUAGAAAAGAUCCUCGUCUAAACAUUUCGACAUUUAAGAAGUUGAUCGAAGAUGCAAAGAAAAUCGAAGAGAAAUACACUACUACAAUAGUAAUACCCAACAAAAGGAGUUAACAAAAUUUGAGUAGUUUUAGAAGCGAUGUGAUUCUUGUCAUUGUUGAUGACUUAGAAAUUAUUUUUUUAAAUCAGUUAUCCAGUCUGUCAAUAUUGCAAAGCAUGAAAUCUAUAGUUUACAAAAAUAUUUAUUUUUAUUCUUGUUACCAAGAUAUAUAUUUUAAGAAAUUGAAAAUUUUGAAUAAAGGUAUAAAUUAUUUUAGAAAUUUGGAAAAUUGACUAUGUUUUACAUAAUCUUGUUUUACAUAAUUAUUUUUCCUGGGGGAAAGCAAACAAUAUAAUGCUCGUUAUUUAUUGUAAUAUUUUGGAACUGGUAUUAAUUUAUGUCCAUUUUUAUAUUUUCUAAACUUUGAAGUUACUUUUGGCUCAAAGACAAAAUUUCAACACAAUACAUCUGCUGACUUCUAAUUUUUCUUUGUCAAAAUUUCAAACACUAAGAAUAAAAUAUCAUUAAAUUUCUCAGCAGGGAAACAUUAAAAUUUUUUUUUUUAUUUAACAAAAAUUAUGGACCCAAGAUGAAAAUAUUUAAUUACAGACGAAAAAAUUGAAGUGAAUUUUAAAAAUGCAGUCACUCAAAAUCUUUUUUAUUGUGCUUUCAAUGAUUUUAGAAGCUCAAAUUUAUGCAUAAUGGUAAAAAAAUUUACAUUCACUAAUUACCAUAGUGUAAACUAUUGAAAAAUAUGUUAUAUAUUAAAGGAUAGAAC